AUUAGAUUAAAGGUUAACACUUGCUCAUGACGACGGGAAAUAGACCAGGAUGCAGUAGAUUACCAAUGCAAAAGUAAAACAGGAUAUGUUGAAGCUUGAAACAAAAGACAGGACUAUAAGAUACACUUUUGGGCUUAGAGCCUUCUAUAGUGAAAAGACAAAUAGAAGUAACAGAGCACAGUAAAAAGUUUUAGACAUCUCCUUUUUUGUUGCCGUAAGUAGGAUUAAAGGAGUUGAAAUAAUAUAAAAUUUAUAUUAAUAUUUAAUAUUAAUACUGUGAAAAAUGAGGUGGAGAAUCUUAAUGAAUCAAAACAUUUAGGGAUACAUACAUUUUGAGAAAUAAAAGAAUAGAAGGCAUUUAAAGAAAUAGAGAAACAUUACUAAGAGAGUAUUUGAUUAAUACUAUAAGGAGAUAUGAUUGCGAAAAGCUAAAUAAAUUUGUUUUCCACGAUAACUCUUUCCGGUGUGUUUGUGCAGGAAAAUAGUGCAAUAAUGGAUACAACUAAUGCACCUUUUCUUAUUCUCUGUGAAAGUGUGAAGAGACGGGGAAAAGUUUACCUUGUUCAAUAACCCGCAGAUGUUCUGUGAACAUAUCUGCCAUUCCUAUCCUUGUUUCGCCUAUAUAACCAGCAGAGUAUUUUAUGUUUCACUGUGCGUUUUAUGUCACACGAGUGGUCGUAAUGUUCAUUACAUCAAUGUCAUGACGCCUGUGGGACUCCAACUCUAGGUUCGAUUUCAGAGUUUGCCUUCUGUUAGAUGAGUUGCAAUACAACGUUAAAGAGUCCCAUCAUCUCCGGGUAAUAUAGAUGUAUGGGAAUACAUCAGUUUUGGCCGCUGGGCCACCUAAAACAUAUGUCACAAGUCAAGUAAAACAAGGGAACUAAAUUUUAAUUGGAAUUUCACGAUCAUUUUUUAAUAUUAUAUUUAUUUGUAUAUGUCUUUGCGAGCCCAUUACUUCUCGACUACUUUUCUCUAUAUUUAGGACUCAUGCUCUGCUGCCUGGUUACAAAAAUGUGUACGAAAGAAAGUUGCUAAAACAUAACCUUUUUUAAAACUUAAAUUUGUUCCCAUUUCUCAUGAUUUUAAAAAAAAAAAUAAUAUUAUUUUAAUGUGCGUCGUAUUGUUAAAAAUGAUAGAAUUAAAAAAAAUUCAUUCAGUUAUCCCGAGAUUAUCCUUUUGAAGGAGCUUUGAUUAAACAAAUAAAAAAAAUGAUGAAAUUUUAAACCAAAAAGAUGUUAAAAAUAUUUUUUUAUAAACCUCAUGCAUUGCCCAACAAUAAUAUAUGUAACAUAAUGAAUUUUAGACAAGGAUUCUAAAAGUUAUUGACUCUUUUGUAUGGUCAUUAGAUAUCUCACGAAAAACAUGCAAAAUGCAAGGAAUGUAAAGAGUUAAAAUAUAAUAAAUAUUCUCGAGUGUUUUUACUAUGUUAAAAGAAGGGUGUAUUUAAGAUUGAAAGAGUUAAAAAUAAAUGCAGAAGAUUGCAAGAGACCACUAUGUGUAGAAGUAUACUAUUGAUGACCUAUGAUCCACCAGGAAUUAAAAAAGACAAAGGAGAGAAUCGAAGAAUUUGACCAAAAGUAUAUUAUAAUUUAUAAAUAAAGAGAAUGUUAACUAUAAUAGAUACUGUUACAUUGACAUUGCUAUGGUUUUCUUUUAAAGUAAAAUAUGCCAAUGUCGAGUAAAAACGUAAUAAAAUAAUAUUUAAGAUAAGUUUUACAUUACUAUCCUGAUUUAAAUUAAUACGGAAAUUUUCAAACUUUUGCAAACGCUUAACUAUGAAGAGUUUAUCCAGAUAUUAUUAACCCAAAUGCAAUUCUGCUUUUAAUUAAAAAAAUCUUCUUUUUUUUUUCAUUCGUUCUCCCAAAGAUUGUGUUUCAAAGAUGUCUUAAAGUAAUGAAGUUACAAUUACAGGUCAAGCACAGCACAAAAUAACUAUCAUUUUGCGGAACCACAAUUCAGUUACGUCAUCUGAGUUUGUUGAAUAAAUAUAUAAUCCCAUAAUAUGCCAAGAACAAACAUCGAAUUACUGUAAGUCAGUUUCUAAGGUGUGGCUCGUACUUAAUAUGUGUCUUAUAUGAACUACAACACUGUUUAACUUCUUUGUUGGCAGCCUGAAAAAUGCUCGUUUUAGUUACUUCUUAAAAUCUGGUGGAGAUGUACCAAUACAAUACAUUUUAGUUAUUAAUAUGUUAAAAGCUAAUUUAAGAGGGAUAUUAUAUAAACAAUUACAUAAUUAUUGAAAGUAAUAAGAUUUAAAAUUUAAAUUGGGGAUUUUUAUUUUUCAUUGAUUUUAGAGUUAUGCAUUUAAGUUUGUAUAUUAUAUAUAUCUAUAGAUCUAUACCUAUAUCUAUCAAUCUAUUUAUCAAAACUGUACAUUUUUUUAAAGAAUUAAAAUUGUGAGCAAAUGUGUAUUUUUUUUAUUACGUGCUUUUGUGUUGUUUAUUCGAAUAGAAAAAAAAAACAAAGCAUUAUCUAUAUAAAAAUUACAGAAAUAAUUUAGCAGCUUUAUCAAUUGUUUUGGAAACACAAAUUAAAUAUUUUUUUUUUGAGUGACUUAUAGGGUUAAUGUUUUUAUCUUUAUUUUCAGAUAUUGGCAUUAGUAACAGUCUAUUAAAACGUUUUUAGUAGAGAAAGAUUUGUGAAAUGAUUUUACCAGCUGCAAGACUUUCAGUUGCUAUCUUUUUAUCCUUUAGGUUUUUCAUCGACAACUACUGUAAGUUUUUAAACAAUGUUAUUCUAUAAUUCAUCCUCCACACCUCUACCUUCCAAAAUAAUUGAAUAAAUAAUUUAUAAGUUUAAAAUGCAUCUCCUUUUAAGUAUAAAAAUUCAUAAAAUUAAAAUUAAAUGUAGUACAUGGGCAUAAUCUAAACAUUUAUGUAAAGCAAAAGUUAUGCGAUAAAAUACAUUGAAUGAAAUAAAGAAGGUCUUGUACAAUUACUAUAGUAAUAAUUUAAAAACGUGUUUGAAAUUUUACAUUUUUUUUUAAUAAAAUAAAAAUAAGAGACUUGUUUUGGAAAUAAUCUUAAUAAUGAAGACACAAUCAGUAGACAUCAUAGAAUAAUAAUAUAAAAAAAAUAUUAUUUAAAAUAAUUAAAAUAUUGUUUGUUUUUUUUUUUUUUCCUUUAUAAAAUUUUAACAAUGUUCUCUUUGUGACUUCUAGUGGUGAUGUGUGAGGUACUGUCUUGUAGUCCAGCUGAAAUCGGAAGUGACCAUGAAGUUAAAUUUAAUGUUACAAAUAAGUGCUCAGGUGGCGUCCCAAGACUCGAGUCAUAUGAAGGUGUUUAUUCUAAAUGUCCAAAAUACACAAUUAGAGAAGACGUCAAGGAAAGGUAUAAUGUUACUCUAUCAAAACAAAAUAGUGAUUAUAACAUCCUGACACUGUUGAUUUACAACAUCUCAUUGCCUACAGCAGGACAAGUCGUGUAUUUUAAUCUUAAUGAAGACAACACAUCAGAAAAUGGAAACUGUAAUAUUUCAGUUUAUCGUAAGUAUAGAAGUGCUAUGUUAUCGUCUUAAGUGGUUAUUCGUCUAUCGCGAGAGGUAGGUUCCAGAAACCAUCUCGAAAGUCGAAAAUCUGAGAAGUAGGGACCUUAUAUUUAACCUAUUAUUUGAACAUAUUUUAAUGCUUACUCAUUAUAAAGGUAAUGGAUAUAUUGUUCAAAAUGUACGUUUUAAUGUAAAAACAUCAACAUUCUAUGUGUGUAGGUUUCUUUUUAUUUUUAUAGUACGUUUAUUAUAUUUUUUUAAAUAUUUAUUUUGUUCCAUUUUAGGAAAAGCAGACGAUUUGAAUUGUACUUUUAAUAUAACCAAUGAGGGACUUAAAGUGGUUUGUUUGAGUUCUGAGAUAUACCCGGAUGGUCCUUGUGCAUUUGACAGCAAUUUAAAAAAUGCAAGUAUAAUAAUGUAUGCACUUAUAUAUUCCCCCUUGCACUAGAGGAAAAUUACAACUUGCAAGCGAUGAUCCUAAACUAAAUAUAUCGUGCAACUCUGAAUAUAUAAAUCAGUGUUUUAGACUUCGUGUUUUCAAUGUGUGUUUUACUUUUAAUUGAUAAGAGGUAUUUAAAAGGGUCUUGAUCCCUAAAGUACCAAUUUUUUUUUAAAAUAUACUUUUUAAACACAUAAUGUCAGUUAUUCCUGUUUACAUAUUCUAUAAUUUAACUAUUUCAGGGUACAUUCAGAAAGGAAGAUGUCAAUCUUAAUUCGUCAAGCAAGAGUCCAUACGUCACUAAGAAGUGCAGACUUGAGGUCCCAGUAGCGAACUUGGCACCGGGGUUACUGAUGGUUAACGUAACAGUUUACCCAAAUGUAACAGGUCAUGUAGAUGACAAGUACAAGUACGGAACACAAUCAAAUAAAGUUUUCAAACUAGGUUUGUUAGCAGGAAAAGACCGCUAAUAUGUUACAUUAAAAUAUGAAAAACUAAAACUGUUUUUACGACUAUUUUGUAAUUGUUAGUAAUGCCUCAAGAGACUCGUUAACCAUUUGUGUAUAAACUCAUACCUCACUUGCAUAGUCCCCAUCUUAUUUACACAGAUAGACCAUCAGUGAGACUAGACAACUGUAAGCCAGUUGUAAAAGAAGGAGAGAAUGUAACUUGUCGGUGUGAACGAUCUGAUUCAAGUGACGUUGAAAAUACCAUUUAUUGGUGUGAAAACUGUACACAUUGCAAAGUCAGUGACGGAUCUGUCUCAUUUAUUGCAAACAGAAGUAUUGAAGGUAAUUUUUCUAGUGAGAUUAUAAAUAUAUAACGAUAGAUAGGACUGUCUCAUGAUUUGUUUUAACUUUUAAAUCUGUUUUAGGAUUUUUUUUUUACACUAUAGAAACAUUGGUUAGUAAAUCGCGACUCGGCCAGAAAUUGGUUUUGACAUCAUUCGAAAAACAUCCUUCUUGAACAGAAAGUAGGCUCUCAAAAAAAAUUAUUUGGCCUACAGCUGAUUUCUUUUCUCUUUUGACUCAUGAGUUCACCGACCACUGCUUUAGAAGAACAAAACUUAAAUAAGGGGGAAACAAGUUUACUAAAAAGACGGCAGCAAAGCUUGUGAGAUUUAAAAUCCUCAAAUUUAUUUAUAAUAUAAAUUCUAAUAUAAUAACUACAAAAUUCAAAAGGUAGAAAAGAGAGCACAAAAAUAUCACCUGUAUCACAUGACUAUUAAUCCACAUAAUAGAAAUGGUGGAAGUGCUAAUCCACUAAAUGAAUAGGAACCACUCCUCACACUUACAACAUCCGUUCUGAUCUACUCUGUGUCCGAGACAAAUCUUAUUCUACUCCAAAUUAACUCAAGAGUUACUAGUUUAAACUUACAAUGUGUGUCAGUUUCUAGAAAGUCAAUUCAGUCAGUUUUAUUUAAAUGCUUUUAAAAAGAAAUAUAUAUUUUGCUUUGCCAAAUGAUCAAGCAGCAACGUAGUGACAGUCUUUAUUAAAUUGGAACCUCAGUAUUACUGAUAGUAGGAUGAAUACAGCACCGAUUGUUGGUCACUUUUUUGAGUUAAACAAUUCAAUAUUAUGAUAUUAAAUGAACGUAGGCCAGGGUUAGUUACACUUUUUGUUAUUAAAAAAUAACAAACCAGACUUUUUUAGUCUUUGGCUAAACAACAAAUGUCUCAACAAUCUCACACAAGAGAUACAGCUACACAUGAGGUCUUCAAACUAAACAUCUUUUACACAUCAAGCAUAACAACAGUGAUUCUCAUAUAACAACCGUGAUCUACACAUAACAACAGUGAUUCUCAUACCCUUGACAAUAGAUUUUGAAGGAUAAUUUUGUUAGAGUGUCAGUGUUUAUACAGAAAGGGAAGGAUUUAGAAGUAUUGAGUAUUGCAUUUUAGAUUUUUAUUUGUAAAAACAUAUACAUUACUUUUUUUUUCAAAAUGUUACUAGUGCUUGCAGAAAAGUUCGCUUAAAUCUUGGGCAGAAAGGAUUUUUUUUUCAAAAUUAAAUGUUUAAUAAGGAUGCAAAGUAGAAGUACAGAAGUACAGGAAAGCUAAAGAAAAUACAUCGGUGGAUAUGAGGGUAGUGAUUGUUGUAUGUAAAAGUGCAUGCAAUCAAAUGCUCGCUGCUUAAAUGUGUAUAUGAUAGCAUGAAAUCCUGAAUGGAUGCUAUUUGGUCCCAUUUGUAAAAAAAUAAAAUUAAUUUCAUGAAAGGGUUUGUGAUUCGUCAGCAAUUUAAGUCUUUAAAGGAAGGAAUUAACAUGAAAAAGGUGAGUUUGAACAAGCAUAGACGGAAUAUGAAUAUUUCUUCUCCUCUUUGCAUGCAAUUGUGUUGUCUUUUGUUGUACUGAUGAAUGCGUUCAACUAAACAAAUUAAAAUUGAUUGUUUAGGGAUUGGAUAGGCAAACAUUUGUAAAAUGUGAGAUAAGCCGUAACUUUUUCACCGCUAUUAAAAAAAAGCAAAAAUAAACGAAAAAGUCCUCAAUCAUGAUCCUGAACACAAAAAAAAGAUAUAGGGCCUGAAAAUGCAACCUCAACGAAAGUGUAACUACUAUCUUUUGACAUUUUGUAGGCGUUGGAGGAGGUUGGUCAUGUGAUAAAGAAAAAAAAACGUGAACAGAUCUCUCCAUUACUUAACUCACUUCAUUGCUUUAACAUGCAACAUUCCAGGAUUGAUUCUAAUGAAUGAACUGAAAUAAAAUUAAACAUUAGCAGGGGAUGUAUUGUAGCGUGACACAAAUAAAUAAGUUUGUUUAGCUGGUGGAAAAGUUAUCAAUUUGCAAAAGGACCGUUGUCAGAUGUAUUCGUUAUAUUUUGGCUCUAAAAUUUCAUGUAAUUUGAGCACUGGCAACGCAAGUCUCGCAGACCAGAGUCUGUCCACUGACUAUCCUUUGGGGAAUACUGAUGUAGAGACUCGAUGUUUAUUUUUUUAAAUAUUUUUUUUUACUUUAAUAAUAUUUCAUUUUCCAGAACAGUUUUAUUGUCAGGCAGAGAACAUUUUACGAUGGAAAAGUGACCCUGUUUUCUAUCACCCAAAAAUUGUCUGUAAGUAUAUUUUAAAAUGUUUUUAAAUUAUGUAUGCAUACUUUUAUAUUACAUGUAUAAAUGUGGCAAUUCUUCAUUCAAAUAGUUUAACAUAGUAUUUUUUAAAUAUUUUUAACACUUGAAAAGUAUGUCAGCUCAUAAAAACAAAUAUUGUUCUUUCUCAGUUUGUAAAAAAUGUAAGAUAAUCAUUUGAAUGAAAACAACUGUGUUAGGCAUACAAUAGCUUUAACAAUAGUUUGAAUACUUGUAUUCAAUAAAAAGGAACAAUGCGACCAAAAUGUUAAAUUUAUAAUGUUUUAUUUAUUAUAUAUUCACUGUUCCUUAAAUUAUUAACUCAUCGACAGUUAACGACGAAGUUAACAAACCAAGUACAAUUUGUUAACUUCGUCGUUAACUGUCGAUGAGUUAAUAAUAUAUAUAUAUUGUUUUAGAUUUUGUGGAUGAAUGUAAUAAAUGUAUAAGUGCAAAUGUUAAUCUUCAACUAAUCUCGUUAGCUCUUUACGUGAAUAUCGUGCUGAAAAAACGUGUCAAGCUGUAGUGAAAUGAUGACUGUUCCAUUGGUGGAUAAUGAUAGUGGACACAUUCAAAUGUAAAUGUGAUCCUAUUUGAGAGUUCCCAAACCAAUUAAAUUGAAAAGAUAAUGCAUAUUUUUUACUUUAUCACAAAUUAAUGAUACAUAACCAAAUAGAUCAAACUAUCACAAUUUAACCCGUUUGGCUAUCAAUUUUAAAUCUGGGGAAAAUAUGUUGAUAUCUACAAACAUAAUGCAAAACAAACCUUAACAAACCGUGAUACGUACAUUUUCUACACAAAGUAUAACUAUUUACUUCUCAAUGUUUAUUUAUGUUUAAAAAAAAGUUUAUAGAUAAACUUAGUUUAAUUAUGAAUUCUCCUAAUCCUAAUUAAAGGACGCUUCUUUUGCAGCUAGUUGUAAUAAAUGUAAAUCACAAGAAUAGGUUUCUUGAAAAAGUAAUAAUACUCUUGUAUUUUUAGGAAACUCCAUUGAGAUAUAUAUGCUUACUUUCAAUUUUACUUGAAUCUAAAUUAUAACAUAUUAAAUUAAAUUCAAAACAUAGUAGAUGUAUGAUGUUAACAAUGUUUAAAAAAAAUCUGUAUUACAGCAGUACAAGAUCAAACACACUUGGACAUAGGCAUCCUAAUGUCGAUUAUUGAAGCUGUAUUACUAGUUAUCUCAUGGAUUAUUGUUGCUCUAUUGUUUGUAAAAUUGAGGCGUAAGUCUAUUAAAUUUUUAUUUAUUACAAUAAUUCAAACGCAUCGAUAUCCUGUUAUUAACAAAAAAAUAAGUUUAAGUCACAGGCUACUUGGUCACCGAACCAGCUACAUACUAUAUUAGUAUUGAUAGUAUAUUAUGUAGCUGGAAUGACUCUCAAUACAGUCUAUCUCGACGCAUAUUUGAUACAUUAUUUUGUCUACUGAUGACUCAUCUGGGCGUUGGGAUUAAGAAAAAUCAAAUCGGUAAAAUUUAUCAAUUAAUCUCUAACACUUAGACAAUAUCCAAAAUUGGGAGUAUAAUAUUUAAUACUAACAAAAACUGACACUUGAUUAGCAUUGAUUUUUUUUUUCAGGAUACUCAAAUUCUAAGGUGAACCUACCCACCAAAGAAGAUGCUGAAUUAAAACAAAUAAGGGAAAAUGAUGAUGGCUACCUAACUCCCACUGAUGUGACUAAUGUAAAUAUUGCUCAGCAAGUCAGGGGAGAUUAUGACUCAAUAGAACCGCAUCAUGGUUACGAAACAAUCGGUAGAGUUGGAUCAUAGUGUUUAUUAAGUAGUAAUGUUAUGUGAGACGAGUGAUAACAAACAAAAUUAUGUAUAAAACAUAUACAGCAAUUUUUUUUUUUUAAAACAUCCCAUGAAGGACACAUUGUCAGGAAGAUAAAUGGAAACGAAAGAUUAACAAUUCUUUAGAAAAAAACGGCUAAUUUCAUCGAUUAUGUUAAAGCUGAAAAUUAUUUAUGAACAGCUGAUUUGUUUAUCCUUAAUACAGACAAAAUAGUAGACU